CGUUCCUUCUUGAUAUUUUUGAUGAAAUAUGGAAUAAUUAGGAUUAGAAUUUUAAUUCCAAUUUCUUAUGAAUUAUUGAAAUUCCAUUUUAAACUUGCUGAAUUCAUAUUUAUGACAUAAUCACAAAGUUUAAUAGGACAUAUUACAGAUUUUUAGUUACAAACAUAUACCAUAAGGCUAAAGCCGCCAACAACCAACAGUGACAACUAAUAACAUAGUAAAUUAAAAACUUAUAAAUGAAUAAUGAAAAGAGAAAUUCUCGGGGCAGAGGUCGUGGCCGUGGUCGAGGAAGAGGCCGCGGCAGGGGCCGUGGGCGAGGCAAAAAAGUUGCUAAAGUUAUGUCUUCUGAUGAAGAAGAAUGCUCUGUAGAAGAAACCACUCAAGAUCCUGAAGAAAUUACCCCAGAGGAGUCAAAAGAUGAGGCUGAACCAGCUGAACCUCCAAAGUUAGAAGUGCCCUCAGACAUUUCUCAGCUGGAGACGCCCGUAUUCACAACAAUACAGCGCGGGCCCCCAGAGCCCAUGCUGCGCUUGGACUGGAGCCAUAGAGCGACUCUUAUUGGAGAGAAAGUUCUAAACCCCAUGAUAUACUGUUGUGAUACUUGCUCUAAACCAAUUCUUAUCUAUGGCAGAAUGAUACCCUGCAAGCAUGUAUUUUGUUUAUCUUGUGCCAGAUCCGAUCACACACAUUGCCCUCGCUGUAGAGAGAAGGUAUUGCGUGUGGAACAGACUGGUUUAGGUACGGUGUUCAUGUGUACACAUUCCGGAACAAGAUAUGGGAAUACAGGUUGCAGAAGGACAUACUUAUCACAGAGGGAUCUGCAAGCUCACAUAAACCAUCGGCAUGUGUCAUCGGCUGGGGAAAACAAACCAGAUCCUGAGCCGACCACACCAUCUGUGCCCAUCGUUAAACCUAUGACUUUGCCACCAUCAGCGGGUGAUCCUCGUUCGCACACUUUGUCGCACGGUGCGCACGCGCAGCACACCGCGCACCCCGCGCAUGCGCAGCACGCCCCGGGCGAGCGCCGCCCCGCUAGGACCAACCUCAUCACCGUGCCCAUACAGGACCAGGGCGAGCACAACUACUACAACUACUAUCAGCCGCAGCCGGUGGGCGGAGCGUUACCGUCAGCGACAGUGACGUCAGUGCAAGUACUACCGCACAGUAUGAGCGUGCCCCCACCAUACUACGUGCCCCCAUACUCAGCACCACCCGCACCCUACGUGCCCCCACCUGGUGGUAGUAUGACUCCAAACGUGGCGGGUGUAUCCCCCUUACCUCCGAGCGUGGGCAUUGGCAGCGUGGGCAACGUGGGCCCGGUUUCGGGCGAGGCGCGCUGGCCAGACAACUACCAGCCGCCCACGGUGUCCGUGCAGCCGUGGCCCCAGCCCCAGCACCACUACUACCGGUAGCAUGACCACUACUGGACUAACCAGUAGUGGGCAACUCAGCUCUUAGAUGAAUCAUCGUUAGCCCAGCUCUGGGCUAAUCAGAACUAGAACAUCUCUGAGCUGGUCACCGGUGACCCAACUGUGGGCUUAACCACUAGCCCAAUUGUGGGCUCAUCAUUGCUGAAAUGUAUUAUAUCUCUCAGUUCA